AUGCAUUUGCUUGUGAACUGCUCCAACUGCCACACACCGCUGCAACUCCCGCCAGGAGCCAAAUCGAUAAGAUGCGCCCUGUGCCAAGCCAUAACCCACAUCGCAGACCCUCGCAGCAUCCCUACUCCUCCUCCCCACCAACCCCAUGAUUACCAUUCUACCUCUGUGCCACCUCCCUCUCCUCCCUCUCCCUACAACCAUGCUCCUCCUGGGCCUCCCCCUACUGUGCACGGUCGCAAGAAGGCGGUGAUAUGCGGCAUAUCGUAUCGGUAUUCCAGGCACGAGCUCAAGGGCUGCAUCAAUGAUGCCAAGUGUAUGCGUUACCUCCUCAUAAACAAAUUCAGUUUCCCUGAAUCCUCCAUCCUCAUGCUUACCGAGGAAGAAACUGAUCCACACAGGUUUCCAACUAAGCAGAACAUAAGGAUGGCAUUCUAUUGGCUUGUACAAGGUUGUCAACCAGGAGAUUCUUUAGUGUUUCACUACUCUGGUCAUGGUUCACGGCAGAGGAAUUAUAAUGGGGAUGAGGUUGAUGGAUUUGAUGAGACCCUAUGUCCCUUAGACUUUGAAUCUCAGGGAAUGAUUGUUGAUGAUGAGAUUAAUGCGGCAAUUGUUAGACCUCUUCCUCGUGGGGUUAAGCUGCAUACAAUUAUUGACGCUUGCCAUAGUGGAACUGUGCUAGAUUUACCAUUCCUCUGCAGAAUGAGCAGGAGUGGGCAGUAUGUAUGGGAGGAUCAUCGCCCGCGAUCUGGGAUUUGGAGGGGGACGAAUGGAGGGGAAGUCAUUUCCUUCAGCGGUUGUGAUGAUGAUCAAACAUCUGCUGAUACUUCCGCUUUAUCGAAGAUCACUUCAACAGGUGCUAUGACAUUCUGUUUCAUUCAAGCAAUUGAGCGUGGACAUGCAACUACAUAUGGGAGCAUACUAAAUUCAAUGCGGAGUACCAUCAGUGGGACGGGUAAUGACCUUGGUGGUGGUCCUGUGACAUCUCUCCUCACCAUGCUUUUGACAGGAGGCAGUCUAAGUGGGGGCUUGAGACAGGAGCCACAGUUAACAGCAUGUGAACCAUUUGAUGUUUAUACAAAGCCCUUUUCCCUAUGAGUUCCUUCUAUAUCUCCAGACUUAUGGUUAAUUUUCAUUAUUUGUUCAGUUAUUCUGUAUAGUUUACCUCUUAAGGUAUUAUUUAUGCCUUUGUUUACUCAAAUAUCUGUAUUGAGGAGAUCCUUUGCCUUUUCACCAAUAA